UCCGCCAGCAUCCGCAGCCGCACGCUCCAGUCCAAAGCAUCAGCUCGCGCACUCGGACGAAAGGACAAAACGUGUUACGAGGGAACCCGAGAGCUUGAAAGAGGCUUUUCGAUUCUAUCGAGCAGGACGUAUGGAAGCGUCCCGGGGACGCGGCUUGGUUCCUUAAAGGCGGGAGGAAAAUAAGAAGAGGAGGAGGAGGAGGGAGAUGGAUUCGUCUUUCACAAUAUCUUAGAUACACUGUCCUUGGCGCGCGGGUCCUAGCUACAUUUUUUGUGUGUGCAUUCCCUUAUCCGAAAUAGUGUUGCUUAAUUGUGCGGGAGAUCUGGCGCGCUGUAGCGCAUUGAAGUGCUUUGUUUCCAACCCUAAAGGACUUCUGUCACAUCCGUCCUGUGCCGCGAUGUCUGCCACAUUCCAGUCUUUGUUCCUUGUGCUCCUCAGCGUGCUCUCUGCCGGGGCUCAGACAGAAAUGAAGAAGGUUGUUGGGGACAACGUGACGCUGCCGUGCCAUCACCAGUUCCGGCAGUCAAAUGGACAGACGCUGGACAUCGAGUGGAUUCUGCAGAAACCCAACUUCAAACAGCGCGUGAUCAUCACGUUUUUCAACAACGAAGUCUACACCAAUGAUAACCAGGCGGGCCGCCUAUCCUUCGCCGGAGACUACCUGAACGGCGAUGCCUCUCUCCUGAUCAACGAUCUCCAGCUGAGCGACUCGGGCGAGUACCACUGCAAAGUGAAGACGGGUGGGAAGUACCUUUGGACCCAGGUCAAUCUCGUGGUCCUGGUGAAGCCGUCUAAGCCACGGUGUUGGAUGGAAGGGCACUUGCUUGAGGGCAGCGAUGUGAAACUGAGCUGUAAGUCUUCCGACGGCUCCGACCCCAUCUACUAUAAGUGGGAGAGAGUUCUGGACAAGGGCAAAAGCGUGGGAAAGCUGCCGGAGUUCGCUCUCAUCGAUCUAAAGAACCCGGAGUUUGUGACGUUGAGGAACCUGAGUCACGAGAGCUCGGGGGUGUACAGGUGCACAGCCAGCAACGACGUGGGAGAGGAGAACUGUAUCAUCGAAGUUACUAUGCAGUAUGUCCGGGGUGUAGGCGUGGUAGCCGGUGCCGUGGUCGGCGUGUCCUUCGGCGUCCUCCUCAUCAUCCUCAUCAUCUGGCUGGUCUUCCGCAAGAAAGAGAAGAAGAAGUAUGAGGAGGAGGAGACACCCAAUGAGAUCAGGGAGGAUGCGGAGGCUCCCAAAGCCAAGCUUGUUAAACCCAACUCGCUGUCAUCCUCUCGCUCGGGCAGCUCUCGCUCCGGUGCCUCGUCCACUCAGUCCAUGGUGCACAACACCGCUCCCCGCAGCCAGCGACCCCGACCUCCUGCCAUCUGCGCCCUCAAGGAGAAUGGUCAACCCCCGGAGUUCUUGCAGUCCUCUCCAGAACCGCCUACUACCCCCAAAUUCAGGCUGCCUAACCCAUCGGUGGGUCUCACUGUCCCCACUACAGGGGUCCUGAUGCCGCCGCAGAGCAAAGCCUUUCAGACUGUGUAGGGGAGAAAAAAAAGAUCCAGCAACAUCCCUGGACAGGAAACACACACUGACUCGUCCAACUGCAGAUAUGUCAACUAAUGCAACUACCGUGUAAAAAAAAAAAAAAAAUUAACAAGCAUAAGAAGAAGAAUUAAUACUAUAAAAACUAAAAUCUAAAUGAAUGCAUACAUGAAAAAUUUUUAAGUGCUUGCCCGCCCGCUGCUGAACUGUACAGAGACAAAAACAUUUCCCUGUCACUCCUUAUUGCUCUUUCUCUGUCUCUUCAUCUUGCGCUCUCUGCCUGUCUGAAGUUACCUUAUGUUAUUUUUAUCACUUUAUUGGGGGUUUUUUUUCCGACUUUGGAAGCAUAUUGAGCGACGAGGUGGAAAGAUUUGCCCCAAGUGAUGCUUUAUUUAUUUAUUGAAAGUGAAGGGGCAGAGAAAGCCAGGGCAAACUGAGUUUAUGAAAUAUCAGGGAUGACGGGGGGGAAAAAAUGAAAGAAGAAAAGGAAAGCGUUGAAAACAGCAGAUUGACGCUCGUCUCGCAGAAAAGACCGGAAAGAUCGUCACUGGACCUUUCCUGUGCGAAAGGAUGAGAGACACAGAGAGAGGAGAGUCAAUUAAAUUUGCAAUUCUGCUAAUUCCCAGAAUGCAAUGCAGGCAGUUUUCAGAAUAAAAGGCAUUUCCAGUGACCACACACACUGCAGCACAAAAAGAAAACGGAUGAUUUAUUCAUAAUAGUUGCCAAUUAUUCACUUUUUACAUGUUUAACAUACAACACUGUGGGACAAAUUCAGCUAUUUCACAUAUAAUGUAUGUAUCUGUGUAUGUUCGGAGUCCUGUAAUGGACUUGGUGUCCCAUCCAGGGGCCUCGAUCCCAGAGUUCCAAUUAUAGUCUCUCAAUAUGCCAUAACCUUGACCAAAGUGGUUACUGGAUAUCGAUGAAUGAAUGAAAGAAUUCUUUUUAUUUUACAUCUAUACACAUAACAUCAGUGUCCUGCCCUCAUGCUCACUCAACACUUUUCUUUUCCUCUCAUUGCUUUAUUUUGCAUUAUUUACCAAAUAACUGUUAGGAAAUCUGAAAUAGGGAAAAAAAAAAAGGCGGAAGUACUCCUGAAUGUCUUUUUAACCGAUAUAGCCAUUACUUGUAUUUUUGUUUCCUUCCUAGAAUAUCCAAUGGUACUAUUCUAGCACUUGAGGCACAAAUAACUGAAUAUACAGUAACAUCACACUGAUGUGGAUAAGAACUCGCUUAUCUACAGCACCGGUGCGCAUCAAGGUUCUCCUGUAGGACCUUUCCAAAUGUGCUGUAACAGGACAGCUGCCUCUUUGUGUCAGCGACUCAUCAGGUUCUCGGGACAGCGCUGCCACGGGGCCGGUCAUUAUCCUCAUCCCGGAGUCCUUCUGAACCACGUAGGUGCAUCUGAACACACAAGUAGCCUAUUUUGUGUGCCUUUGAGAUUUUUCCUUUAUCUAUCCAGAGCACCUCCUGACCCCUUUUUUGUAAGCCCGGGCCCUGUGCAGACUGGACAACGAGGAUGGAAUGAUGAGGCUGGACAAUGAGGCGGUUCCUUCUUUUCAUCUAGAUCUAGUGUACAGUACACGCAAUGUUUUAUAUUGUACAUAUGAAUAGUUAUACACACACGAUAUCCUUUUACAUCAACGAGCGGCGGUCAAGAUCAGCAGACAUAGAUACUGUAAAUGAAUACUAAAGCAUUUUUAAGGACUAUUAAGGAGAUCAGUCGACUCUGGGAGCUAAUAGAACUAGUCUCCUUGUUAUAAAUAGCAGCAUCUCCCUCUCACUGUCUGUAUAGACUCGUUAGAAUCCAUAUCGAGACUUCAUCUGGACAUUUCAAAUCAUUUUUGCAUUCAAUUAUGGCUGAGGCGAUUUUAACAAAAGGCACAAAGCGGCUCUGUGGAAAUACGGGCGAGGAUUUGGGUCCUAAAGCAAGUCAGAGGUGACAGCGGAGAGGAAAAAUAACAGAUAAGGAUGAGGAAGAAAGCUUGAGAGGAAGCAGACUCAAAAGGAGACAGUCCUGUUUGGGGUGAAACUGGAUAGUGGGAUUAUACAGUAAAUCAUUACACUAUUGUUCUCUAUGCUUUGUCAGGGAUUUUUUUUUGUUUCAUUCUUUCUGUUUAUUCUCAAAUUUCUGGUAGAAUUGAACCAUAAAAUCAAUUCUACAGACCCCCUCAGUAGAGAUUUAGUUCAUGAGCAUUAUUUAAAUGUGAUCAGUAAUAUUUUGUUUAACAGAACACAUUCAAUCCCAGCUAACAAUAUUAAUAUGCAGGGGUGGAAAACACUUGUAUUAAUUUUUCAUAAUUUUUCCUUGUUAUUAUACUUAAGUGUUAUUAAAUUACUUCUUACUCCUUACAUUUUUACUUCAACCUUUAAGGUACUCCUUAUAGAGCAUAGUCCUGUGUGUGUUUCAAUAUGCUACUGUCAUGCAAGCAAACACUCAAGAUGAGGCAUCUCCUUCAAAUCAUGAACUUUAAAACAAAUUUUGAGGUAAAUUUUGUAAAUUUGAUAAGCAUGAGCUGUCUGUAUUUAACUCAUUUACUUUGCUAAUGUCAGGUUUGACUAGCAUGGAGUCCAGUAGCUAGCAUAACUAGCCAGACAUCAAGUCCAGUUUUGGCACAGGCUAAAAAUGAUUUAUUUACAUGAUAUUUUCUUAUUAAUUUGCAACACAAUGUGGCAUCAGUCACAUACACAGAGAUUAAAUCAUUUUUGUAAAACAGUGUAGUAACUUUAAAAUAAAAAUAAAAGCAACCUAAAUCCUAAAAGUUAGGUUUAACAUUACCUUCAAAAUAUUGGCCUAAUUUUAUUAGGAAAUAUCUAUUUUUAUUUAUUUAUUUUUUUAUUUUUAUUAUUACAUUUUUUUUGGCUGGAUACCAGAUUUGAAAUCUGGUAUCCAGAUUUGGUAUCCAGAAUGAUCUUGAAAUGAUCAUUUCCCACUCAGUACAAAAUAGAAAUUCUCACUCAGUUCAUUUUCCACCCCUGUUUAUAUCUUUCUUACAGGUUUAUAUUGAUAUUUCUUUU